AUGAAUGGUCUUGUUCAACUCUCGGAGCUGAAGGAAGUCUUGACUCCUACUUGCAAGAUCUUGACGGAUCCCAAUGAUCUUAAUUUUGCAGAGUAUCUAAAACGAUGGACGGACAUUGACUUGAAGACUCCUGGAGCUAUCGUACUCCCUACUUCAGAAACUGAUUGCCAAAAUAUUGUAAAAUGGGCGUCGAAGAACUCUAUACCUUUCGUGACAAAAAGCGGAGGUCAUAGUGCAUGGUCUACUAUUGGAAGUGACGGAAUCAUCAUUGAUUUGAGUUUAUACAAGGGAAUGGAGGUGUACACAGAGUCUGGUACAGCAAUCAUUAAAGGGAGUAUCCUCUCUAAAGAAGUAGCAGUAACUCUUGCGGAAGCUGGGUUCUUCACUGCUUUGGGAAACGGUAACACGGUGGGAGCUAUCCCAUACUUUCUCGGUGGUGGCUGUUCCAUUACUUCAUCUAUCACUGGUUUUGGAUCAGAUCAAAUUAUCUCGGCUCGUGUCAUAACUGCAGACGGGGAAUUGAUCAAUGUCACUGAUGACACACAUCCGGGUCUGCUUUACGCCAUACGCGGAGCCGGACAACAUUUUGGUCUUGUAACACAGCUUGUCAUAAAAAUCCAUCCUUUGAAGAACCUUGGAAACGACGACGGUGUCAUUUGGGUUGGAAGUUUUGUCUUUCCACUUGAUCGUGCUUGCGAAGUAACUUCUGUCAUGAAAAAUUUAAUGAACAAUGAUCAAUAUGCAACGGCUGGUCUUAUGAUGAUCAUGGCUCCACCCCCGACAAGAAAUCCAUGUUUGGUUAUUGCGGCUCGUUACACCGGAAAUCCUGACGACGCGGCAUUGGCAUAUAAAGAUAUAUACGACCUAGAACCACUUAUUGCUAGUGGAGCGCCGGUACCAAUUCAAAAUGCAAGCGAUAGAGGGGAGGCACUCGCGGCUAAGGGGGGCUUCAAACGAUUCGGUAUUGUUGGCCUGCAUCAGUUCGAUGAAGAAGCCUUUCUUCGGAUAAUUGCAAUCUGGACAGAGAUGAUUGCCGAAUGUCCAGAUGCAAUAAAUACUGCAUUCAAUUUUCAAUGGGAUUCUCGGCCCGCAAAGAGGCCUGGUAUUGAGUCAGCCAUGUGUCUUCACGACAUUAGGUAUUGGCAAAACAAUUUCAUCUGGCAUACUAAUUCUAAGAACCGAUCUAAAGUAGACGAAUUCAAUGAGCGGUCUAUUGCAAUAAUGCGUGGUAAUGAUGAGGUGAAUUUUGUAGAUUUUCAGAAUGGUACUCGAGCUGGACCUAUUGAGCGGAGAUUUCGAGGAAACGAAAGGCUUAGUAAGUUGAUGGCCUUGAAGAAAGAAUGGGAUCCAAGAGGUGUAUUCACGUCCGAAUUUCUCUAUUGAUUUGCAAA